AUGUUUUUUAUUGAAGCUAGACACAUUUUGCUUUCAAACAAGCGUUAGACCACAAAACUAUACUUUAUUUGGUCUUAAAAUACUCCCCUUAAUCUGAGCAAUAUUCUAGGUCCAGCCAUUUCCAUUGCCAUCAUCUCAUUCGUCAUUCAUAUUGCCCUAUGCAAAUUAAUCGCCAAAAAAUUGAAUUAUGUGAUCGAUUCGAAUCAAGAAUGGAUGGCUUUGGGUCUAAUGCACACAACAUCCGCGUUUUUCGGAUGUUUUGCUGGUGGAUCGAGUUUGGGUCGAACUAUGAUGCAAAUGAAAAUCGGCACAAAAACCCAAUUGUCCACAAUUGUUUGUGCAAUGGUUUUGGUGGUUUUUGUGAUGGGAGCUGGCAGGUUCAUCUACUUUUUGCCCAAACCUGUUUUGGCGUCGAUUGUUGUGAUGGCUAUGAAGGAUUUGUUUGUGCAAUUGUAUACGGCGAUGACCAUAAGGAAGACGAGUUUUUUUGAUUUUGUGAGUUUUUUGGGAAAAUUUGGAGCAUUUUAAUACCUCAUGAGCUUGGGUUGCAAAAUUUGGGGUAUUUUGAUACCUCACAAGGUUAGGCGUUAGAAAACCGUGCCGCAAAAUUGCAGAAUAGGCCACGCCCACGUUUUUGAGCCUCAAAAACACUGCCAGAUUUCUGGUUAGAUAAGCUGGAACAUUUUGAUACCCCACAAGCCUAGGUCUAGAAUUCUACCUAACAAGCCACGCCCACAAAACCAUGCCGCAAAAUUGCAAACCCCCUUCAAUUCAAUUUUCCAGAUGAUUUUCGUCAUAACCCUAACUGCUGUCUUGAUUCUCAAUGUGAAUUAUGGUUUGGUGGUUGGUGUCGCUUUCGCCUUGCUUACCGUAGUUUUUCGAACGCAAUGGUGAGUAUACGGUAGCCAGGGAAGUACGGUAGAGCGGAAAAUUUGGAUUUUUUUGAUGUCGAAUAAGCCUAGGUUUACUGUAGAGCGAAUUUGGCUCGAAAUGUUGAUCUAGACACUUUUUUCCGCACGAAAUUUUGAAUUGGAAAACUAAUUUUCUUUUUUCCAUACCAAAAAUUGUAGUUCUCGCGGAAAAGCUGAAUUUUCCCAACCAUUUUUUGGUAUGGAAAAAUUGCCAGAGUGAUUUUUUCCAUACCAAAAAUUCGGUAGGAAAAAUCAUCUUCUCCUCGAAAACUACAAAUUUUGGAGUGGAAAAAACGCAGAAAAUCAAUUUUUCCUGGUUUACUGUAGAGCGAUGUUAUUCGGGAUACAGUAGGCCAUAACCUACAGUACCCCAACUACAGUACCCCGUCUCUUUUUCCAGGGCUGACAGUACUCUCCUCGGUCGUGUCAAAGGCACGAAUCAUUUCAAAGGUCUCAGUCAUUAUGGCGCGGCUCUCGAAAUUCCUGGCAUAAAAGUGUUUCGCUUCGACUCGCCCUUAUAUUUUGCCAACUCUGAACUUUUCCUAAGUCGUGUCUACAGUACUUGCGGACUUAAUCCGGUUUUGGUUCGCGGAAAGCUUGCGGAAGAAGAGAAGCGAGCGAAAGCGGCGGAAAAGAAGCGGAAGCGCCGGGAGGAUGCGGAAAUGUUGUUGCCGAAUACGAAGGAUGAGACGCGUAGGGUUUUGGGGGCGGUGCUUUUUGCAAUUUUGCCGCAGGGUUUCUGAACCUGGCUUUGUGGGAGCUCAAAAUGCUCCAAAACUUGAAACGAAGCUCAUAAAUUGCAAAUUUUUGCUCAAAAUCCCGUUUUUGGACUCGAAAAUUGAAGUUAUCUUGAAUUAUAACCUAUCUAGGCUUACUAGAACUUAAAAUGCUCAAUUCUGAGCUUACCUAGCUUUAUGAGGGCUCAAAAUGUUCCAAAUCUGAAAAGAAGCUUAAAAAUGCAAAAAUUCUUUGAGUUUAGGCUUAUGGGAACUCGAAAUUUUGAUCAAAAUGAGCUCACUGCUCUAAAAAUGCUAAUUUCUCAAGAAUAAUCCUUAUGGGAGCUCAAAAUGCUUCAAAUUCUACCACAAAUUCAAAUUUCUGCAGAACUCGAAGUGAAAGGUCACCACGUAAAAGCGCUCAACGAAAAAACGACGGAAAAAUCGAUGGGUCGAAAAGAGGAAUAUGAGAUAACUCAGCUAACACAUAUCAUAAUCGAUUGUUCCUCAAUUCCAUAUAUUGAUUUAAUGGGUCUCGAUGCGAUUGUUCAAAUAUAUCAAGAAUAUAAAACGAUCGAUAUUGAUGUAUUAUUUGCGAAUACAAAAGAAGUUUGUCGACAAUUGUUUGAUGUGACGGAUUUUUUCAAAAAAGUGCCGAUUAAUCGAAUGUUUGUUAGUAUUUCGGAUGCUGUUCAACAGGUUAGGCGAGAAAAAUUAAUGCGAUUUUUGAAAUCUACAAGGAAUUUUGGCCAGGGAACAUUUUUUUUUGGAAAUUUUCCACACCAAGUUUUGUACUUCUCGAGGAGAAGCGCUAAUUUUCCAACCCAAAUUUUGGUUUGGAAAAAAUGCACUCUGCUUCUCUGCCACUUUUUCCAUACCAAAAGGGUUGUAAAAUUGUUGGUGGGGAAAAUCACUUGUCUGUGAGAAAUACAAAACUUCGUGUGGAAAAAGUUUCUUAACAUGAGCAAUUCAUUGAUCAUGUUUAAUUUUGAAGUUGAAAAAUUUGGUAAAAUGAAAAUUUAUAUUUUACUUUCCCUUUCAAAUUUUCAGUCGGCUAAAAAAUCGGCUCUAUCGCAAUAUAUGGGUCCCAUGGAAAUAUAUGGGUCCGUUAAAACAUAUAAGGGUCCCUCAGAAGUUUAAGGGUCCGUGAAUUUUUUUAUGGGUCCCAAAAAAAAAGGGUCCGUUAUUUUUUCCAUAAAAAAAGUAUUUUUUCUAAUUUCAAUUAUUUAUUUUUGGUGAUUUUUUGUAAUUUUUUCACAUUUUUUUUAGCUAGUCAGUAUUUUUCUAGGGGGUUUACUAAGCCUAAGCCUAAAAUAAUAGAGAAAUUUUGAAUCCUCUGGUAACUCUAUUUUCGGCUUUUCAGCUUCAUAAUUAGGCUUAGGCUUAGUAAACCCCCCGAAAAUACAAAAAAUCGUCAAAAAAUCAAAUAAAAUACAAAAAAACAAUUGAAAAUUCAAAAAACCACAUAUUUUUUACUUCAAAAAUCAAAAAAAUCAGACCUAUGAAAAAAAUCACGAACCCUUAAAAAAAUUUACGGACCCUUUUAUUUUUUUGGAACCCAUGAAAAAAUUCACGGACCCUUAUAUUUCUGAGGGACCCUUAUAUGUUUUUACGGACCCCUAUAUUUUUUACGGACCCAUAUAUUUCCAUGGGACCCAUAUAUUGCGAUAGAGCCAAAAAAUCUGAAAAUAUUUUUAUAUGCCAUAAAAUUAGGCUCCGCCCCCAAACCCAUACCCAUUGCUCAUAUUAUUCAUACAUUUUGCAGGCAAAAUUGGAACAACAAGCGAAAUACCUACAAGGAAAUGAUCAGAGUCUUCGAGCUGCACCGAAUCCCAUCAAACCUUUGGCCACAAAUCAACCGGUCGCCAAAUCUGUGGCUCAAAAAACCAUGCCACUUGGUGGCGAUUUCACCAACACAGCUCUUCAACUUCCGCCAACUCAAAGUGCUUCUGUGGCGACGAUGGUUGAGAAAUCGAUAUUUUCCGAGGAGAAUCCGGAUAAGGUGAGCAUUUUUGGGAAAUGGGAUGGGGAUUUUUGAAAUCUACGUGGGAUUUUGGCCCAGGGACUUUUUCCUCCACUCCAAAAUUUGUAUCUAGUGAAUUCUAGAAACAAUUUUCAGUGUUUUUUAAACAACGUGACAUUUUUUCUGAAUUUUCAUUUUCUCGAGUUUUUAAAAAUAGAAAAAUCACGUUCCAAUGAUGAAAUUCGAGAAACCGCAUGAUUUUUCCAAUUUUCAUGUUUCGUUUUCCAUACCAAGUUUUGUAUUUCUCCCGGAAAAGGCUUAUUUUCCAUACCAACAAUUUUCGACCCAAAUGGUAUGGAAAAAUUAGCAGAGAAGCAGAGUGCGUUUUUUCCAUACCAAAUGGGUUUGGAAAUUUACUUGUCCGAGAGAAAUACACAUUUUGCUGUGGAAAAUGGUAUUCUUAUGUUUUCUGACCAGCUGAAAACAUUGGCGCUAAUCAUUUUCCCCUAAAAUUUUCCUGAAUUCAUUUUUUGUUUUAAAUUUUUCGUUCCAGCGUCGUCAAAAAAUGGGAGAAGAUUUGGACAAAACGCAGUGA